CACAAAAUGAAGAAACGGGGACUUAAUUCACUUCGUUUUUUUAUGAAUCGAAAAAUAAAUCAUGAUUAAAAAUUCCACAAACAUGGUUAUGUUAUUUGAAAGUCCUUGACUGCGUAUAUUGUGAGGUUUGCUGGUUAUUUGCUAAUAGAGGCUGUGCAAGUUAUAAGCCAGCUUGGGUGGAUGGAAUACGGAACUGGCCUAAAUUGAGUAACAAAAUUCUCGAUUACGAAAAAUUGAAGAUUCACUGCAACGCUUGCAUAAUAUACGAAUCGUGGCGGUCGAAUAAAUUUCCAAUUGAUAAAGAUCUUGAGGAUCUAAUUCUCCAAGAAAAAUCUUUCUGGUGCAAAGUUCUUGGCCGAAUCAUGAAUAUAAUUCUCACCUUGGCUACAUGCAACCUUUCAUUUCGAGGACAUCGCGAGGUCAUUGGUGAUUCUGGAAAUAAUGGAAACUUUUUAUCAAUCGUCGAAUUUCUGGCGGUAUAUGACCCUGUUUUGAAAGAACUUAUCACGAACCUUGAUAAUUCCAUGCGAUACCUGAGCCCUAAAAUUCAAAAUGAAAUAAUUGGCCUUCUAUCUAGGACUGUGGAAGAUGAAAUCGUCAAAAAUAUCCAAGGAGCGCCAUUUUUUCCAUCAUAACGGAUACAACUCAAGAUAUAGCUAUAAUUUACCAAAUGAGUCAAAUUUUUAGAUAUGUGAGAAUUAUCAAGGAUACAAUGAGUGGAAUUUACAACAGUGUUCAGAAAAAAAUUCUUGAUAGAGAAGAAAAAGCUACUUAUGUCCAUUGUGCAGAGUAUAGACUCAAUCUUGUUCUUAAUGCUUCCUCGAUGGGUGCAAUACCUGAAGUCCGAAAAUUCUGGGAAUUAAUUGAGCGAAUUUACGUUUUUUUCACAAACAGUAUACAAAGAUGGGAGUUAUUAUCGACUUUUCUUUCCGAAAUUUCUUCGUUGAAACUAAAACGACUCUUUCCAACUCGAUAAUCGUCCUGGAACAAUUCUUUACAAGCUGUUUCAUUCAGGUUUUGUGAUAUUAUGAAGGCGCUGUCCAAAAUCAUCCUUAUAAGUAAUUCGACUACCGAGCGAAAGGAAGCGAGCUAUCUACGUAAAGAGAUGGAAAAUUUAGAAUUUGUUUUUCAAGUUGUUUUGCACACAAAAGUUCUGACAACAACAAACCUGGUUACAAAGGCUCUCCAAAAGCGAGACGUUGACCUUUCUCAAGCAAAUGUUUUACUCGAGCAAGCUUAUCAAGAACUACGAGAAUUCCGAAACGACUACGAGAUAGCAACAUCACAGGCGAUCAAACUAAGUGCUGAUUGGAGAGUCAAGGCUGAGUUGCAGAACAAGCAGAUCAAGAAAACCAAGAAAUAUUUCGAAGAAUUGUGUGAAGAUGAAAGACUAUCUGAUGAAGAAGCACGAUUCCGGGUAAAUAUUUUCCAUGGAUGUCUUGACAUCAUUUGCAAUCAAUUACUAAAUCGGUUUGAAAGUUUGAAGAACGUUAUCAAAAAUUUUCGAGUGCUCCAACCUAAAGAAUUGACAAAAAUGAAGGAUCAAGAACUCUACAGGGCAGCUGUGAUACUUGCGGAUACUUAUGCUGAAGACAUUAAUGACAAAUUUCCUGAACAGCUGGUAUCUCUUCGAUCAUGUCUUAAAAAACGAAUUGAAAAACUCAGUUCUGUCAAGCAACUUGCAGAUUUGUUCAUUAUUGAAAAUGCUGCUUUAUCUACGAGUUUUAAAGAAGUUUGCACAGCUUUGAUUAUUGAUUAAAAAUCAUUAAAACUUAUCUUCGAAGUACCAUGGGCCA